AUGUCGGCAGAAAAGAAACCAAAACAAGUUCGAGUAUGGAUGGACGGUUGUUUUGAUAUGGUACAUUUUGGUCAUGCCAAUGCCAUUCGUCAGGGUAAAGAGAUGGGAGAUUAUUUAGCUGUUGGAGUUCAUUCAGACAGUGAAGUAUCAAAACAUAAAGGACCUCCUGUUUAUAAUGAACAAGAACGUUAUAGAAUGGUCCGCGCUAUUAAAUGGGUUGAUGAAGUGAUAGAAGAUGCCCCUUAUGUUACCACGCUAGAAACAAUGGAUAAAUAUAACAUUGACUUCUGUGUACAUGGAGAUGAUAUCACAACAACAGCAGAUGGUCAAGAUACAUAUCAUUUAGUCAAAGCUGCUAAUAGAUAUAAGGAAUGUAAAAGAACACAAGGAGUUUCUACAACAGAUCUUGUAGGAAGAAUGUUGUUAGUAACUAAAACUCACCAUCAGAAAGAAGCUGACAGUAGUUCUAAAAGUCCAUGGACUGGGUGUUCCCAGUUUUUACCCACCUCUCGUAAAAUUAUUCAAUUUUCAGAAGGAAAGGAUCCAAAACCUGGAGAUAAAAUUGUAGAUUUUUUAGAAAAAGCUGCUAAAGAAGGUGAUUUUGUCAUUGUUGGUUUACAUACUGAUCCUAUUGUAAAUAGAUACAAGGGAAGUAACUAUCCUAUAAUGAAUCUACAUGAACGUGUAUUCAGUGUGUUAGCUUGUAGAUAUGUAUCUGAAGUAGUGAUAGGAGCACCCUACUCUGUUACACCUGAUCUAAUGGACCAUUUUAAGGUAGAUGUUGUCUGUCAUGGUGAAACACCUAUUAUGCCUGAUGUAGAUGGUUCAGACCCAUAUGCAGAACCUAAAAGACGUGGUAAAUUUAAAACAGUAGAUAGUGCUAAUGAAUUGACAACUCAAAUGAUUAUUAACAGAAUUAUUUCAAAUAGGUUAGAAUAUGAAGCUAGAAAUAAGAAAAAGGAGGCAAAGGAAUUGAAAAUCAUGGAACAUUUGAAUAAAUCAGAAGAAAAGUCAGUUUAA